CAAUUUCGUGCAUUGCCCUCACACUCCGCACCUCUUCCACCUUACCUCCCCUCAUUCGAAUCCCCUUCUCAUUGUCCUUCUGCUCCACGCUCCUUUCUUUCAAUCGUUUUGACAUCUCGUCGUGAGGCGCCUAGGAAUCAUCCCAUCUUCGAGCCGCGCACACCGGCUCGAAAUUCCCCUGGGUCAAGAUGAGUGGACUCCGCUUCCUCGACCUCGUGAAACCCUUCACCCCCCUCAUCCCCGAAGUCUCCGUCCCCGAGACCAAAGUCGCCUUCAAUCAGCGACUAAUAUGGACGAGCGUGACCUUGGUCAUCUUCCUGGUGAUGAGCCAGAUGCCCUUGUACGGCAUUGUCUCCUCAGACAACUCUGACCCGCUCUAUUGGCUGCGAACCAUGUUGGCGAGUAAUCGCGGGACGUUGAUGGAACUCGGUAUCUCGCCCAUCAUCUCGUCCGGCAUGGUCUUCCAGCUGCUGGCCGGCACGCAUCUCAUCGAUGUCAACCUCGACCUCAAAUCCGACCGCGAACUCUACCAGACCGCCCAAAAACUGCUCGCCAUCAUCAUCUCUUUCGGCCAAGCUUGUGUGUUUGUUCUGACUGGCCUCUACGGCGCACCGAGCGACCUCGGUGCGGGCAUCUGUGUCCUUCUCGUCGUGCAGCUCCUGACUGCGGCCCUGAUUGUCAUUCUGCUCGAUGAGUUGCUGCAAAAGGGCUAUGGUUUGGGAAGCGGUAUUUCGCUCUUCAUCGCCACCAACAUCUGCGAAUCGAUCAUGUGGAGGGCAUUUGCGCCGACCAUGGUCAAUACUGGUCGUGGCCCGGAAUUCGAGGGUGCCAUUGUCGCCCUUGUCCAUCUCCUCGUCACGUGGCCCAACAAGCAGCUUGCUCUGCGCGAAGCUUUCUACCGCCAGAACAUGCCCAACAUCAUGAGCCUGCUUUCUACCAUCAUCAUCUUUGGUGUUGUCAUCUACCUCCAAGGUUUCCGUAUCGAGAUUCCCGUCAAGUCGUCGCGCCAACGUGGCAUGCGCGGCUCCUACCCGGUCCGCCUCUUCUACACCUCCAACAUGCCCAUCAUGCUGCAGUCCGCCCUAUCCUCCAACGUCUUCCUCGUCUCGCAGAUGCUCUACACCAAGCUUCCGGAUAACCUGCUUGUGCGCAUGUUUGGCGUGUGGGAGGCUCGCGAGGGCGGCGGACAAGUCGUGGCUGCUUCUGGUCUCGUGUACUACAUGACCCCGCCCUUCAGCCUCAAGGACGCCCUCCUGGAUCCCCUGCACACGGCCAUCUUCACCGCGUACAUGCUCAUCGCCUGCGCCGCCUUCUCGAAGACGUGGAUUGAGGUUUCCGGAUCCAGCCCGCGUGAUGUGGCGAAGCAGCUCAAAGAGCAAGGCUUGGUCAUGGCUGGGCAUCGUGACGAGAGCAUGUACCGGGAGUUGAAGAGGGUCAUUCCCACUGCCGCCGCCUUUGGAGGCGCUUGCAUCGGCGCGUUGUCCAUCGUGUCCGAUUUGAUGGGUGCUAUGGGUGGUGGUACCGGCAUUCUCAUGGCUGUCACAAUCAUCUACGGAUACUUUGAGAUUGCAGCCAAGGAGGGUGACAUGGCUGGACUGAAGGGGCUCCCUGUUGGCUAGAGGGAGUGUGUGAUCUGGUGAGGAAUCGGGGAUGAGUGUGGAGGAGUCAAAGCAUGGAUGAUCUGGCGGAAUGGGGAACUGCAUUGGACUGGGUUCAGUGGUGUUUUCAUGUAGGGCUUGGAGGUGUGUAGAAUAUUGAGUAGAUUGUCGAGCAUGGAUGGCUUCAAGCCACCCGACUCAUG